AUGCCUCCUCCACCGCCACCCCCACCUCCGCCUCCACCAGGUCCUCCACCACCACCAGGUCCCCCGCCACCUUCUAAGGCUAAUACAGCUCCAGCGGGUGAUGGUCGAAAUGCAUUGUUGGCUGAUAUUCGGGGAGGCGCAAGAUUAAAGAAGGUUCAAACUAAUGAUCGAUCUGCUCCAACGUUAGGUGGAAAAGCAGCAGCUACUAGUUCGGGAAGUGGUGGACCAAGACCUGGAGGCGCCCCUGGACCAAGUGGCAUGGGUCCUUCGAAACCCAGUGGAGCACCUAUGGGAUUAGGCGGUCUCUUCGCGAAUGGUAUGCCAUCAAAACCAAGUGAUGCUAAACAGAAAAAAUUUGGUGGUACUACGCAACCAGCAGGAUCAGCUAUGACACCAUCAAAUACAGCUCCUCAACCAUCAAUUAUGCCAAAUGCAACGAUUGUUGCAAAAUCAAGUGGACUACCAGCGCCACCACCAAUGCUCAAUAAACCAAGCGUGAAGUCUAACGGGCCGCCGGCUCCUCCAGCACAAACUAAUAAGCCAAGCUUUGGAGGAGGAGCAACUUCGCGGGAACAAUUUCGUACUAUGAGACCAAUGCCAACUCGUCAGGAUACUCCACCAGUGCAACGAAGCGGUAGCUCAGAGGAGAUUUCUUCACGUGAGACUACACCGGCACGAGGAGCUCCCAUAAAUCUGCAACGGCCUCAAGCAGCUCCGCCAUCUAGGCCUCAAGCUCCGCCACCACCUCCACCACCAGCUUCAAAUGGAAUGGGCAAUCAAAAAUCUGCUGCACCUCCACCACCUAUGCCAUAUAGUUCAAUACCAAUAAUUCGACCGGAAGAUCUGGCACCCCCUGCACCGCCACCAAGAGUUGCUAGCAGAGGCGCUGCUCCGACUCCACCUAACACUAUUUUCCAGUAUACACAGACGCUUGCAACGGCCACUACUGGAGUAAAGCAUGCGAUCGUUUCGGGCCAUCCACUUGAUCGUUUCAAAUUUGUGCCAUUGGAGCGGUUGCCACCUCCGCCAUUCCCGUCAACUAAUCGGCAAAUCUACACA